UCUUACACAUCAUUCUAGAUAUGGACUCCACAAUCUAGUAACACUUAUUAUUUCACUACUUUUUCCCUCCCUUUCUCUUACUUUCCUAUCUCUCUUUUACUUUACCAAUUAUACAUGGUAAAUAUCAAAACACUUAUGAAGAUACAAAGGUAUUGUCUCAUGAAUCCAUGACAUUUAACCAGUAAAGAAUCUCCUACCAGAUUGCCAUGGCAGAAAGCCACCUGCACCACCAAUUAUAUCAACAUUCUCGAUUUAAUUAUAAAACUACAUAAAAAACAAUCAAUGUCCAUGAAUGAUAAAUUCAUACCACAAGCAGGGCAUCAAAAAUAAUACUUCUUGUCCCUCAACCCAAGACCAGAGCCUUGAUGUGAAUGAAAUUUUAGUCCUUCAUUGCAUUAUCUUAACAUACUUUUUAAGGUGAAAAAUGGACCUAUUUUGAUAUAUUGUAGGACAAAAGAUCAAGUUUUAAGAGAGAGAGGAGAAAGGAAAAAGGUCCAAAUCUGAUCAGUAAUCAAUCCUUCAAGAUUAAUUUAAAAUGCUUCUACAAGUCCACCAUUGCAUUCACCUUCGAAAGAGCUUCGCGUGGAUACCUCGCACGCCUCAAUCGGAGCCCAUCUAUGCCUUGGUUGCUUACUCGUUGCUUACUAUACAGGACAAAAGAUCAAGUUUUAAGAGAGAGAGGAGAAAGGAAAAAGGUCCAAAUCUGAUCAGUAAUCAAUCCUUCAAGAUUAAUUUAAAAUGCUUCUACAAGUCCACCAUUGCAUUCACCUUCGAAAGAGCUUCGCGUGGAUACCUCGCACGCCUCAAUCGGAGCCCAUCUAUGCCUUGGUUGCUUACUCGUUGCUUACUAUACAGGACAAAAGAUCAAGUUUUAAGAGAGAGAGGAGAAAGGAAAAAGGUCCAAAUCUGAUCAGUAAUCAAUCCUUCAAGAUUAAUUUAAAAUGCUUCUACAAGUCCACCAUUGCAUUCACCUUCGAAAGAGCUUCGCGUGGAUACCUCGCACGCCUCAAUCGGAGCCCAUCUAUGCCUUGGUUGCUUACUCGUUGCUUACUAUACAGGUUCAAAGGCUUGCCCUCUUCUUCCUUGUUUUUUUGUGUUUACUUGGAUACACUUUUUUGGGUAUCUUCUUUGGGUGUUGUUCUGUGCCGUGCCCAUCUAUGCCUUGGUUGUUUUUUUGUUUUGUUUCGUUCUGUUUGAGUACACUGUUGUCUUGAGGCAGC